GCUGCACUGCAGGAAGGAGCCCGAGCCGGAGCCGAUGGAGGAGGCCGCGGGGCAGGCGGAGGCCGGGCUGGCCUCCCUCCUCGACAGAUCCCAACCCCAGCGCUACACCGGGGGCUUCAACCCGGAGAGCUGGGAGCAGGAAUUUGACAAGAUCCCCAUGUUUAUGAAGAAAUCCCCUGCUGAAAUUGAUCCUGAACAGAAUCCUGAUUUGGCAUGCCUCCAAUCAAUCAUUUUUGAUGAGGAUCGAUCUCCUGAAGAACAAGCAAACACCUAUAAGAAUGAGGGGAAUGAAUACUUCAAGGAAAAAAACUACAAGAAAGCUGUAAUCUCAUAUACUGAAGGGUUAAAAAAGAAAUGCAGUGACCAAGAUUUGAAUGCUGUGCUUUAUACUAACCGAGCUGCAGCACAGUUUUAUCUGGGCAACUACCGUUCUGCUCUCAGUGAUGUGAGCGCAGCAAGAAAGAUAAGACCCAACCAUCUCAAAGCAAUAAUAAGAGGAGCUUUGUGCCAUUUGGAGUUAAAGAAUUUCCCUGAAGCAAUGGCAUGGUGCGAGGAGGGUCUGAGGAUAGAUUCAAAGGAGAAGAAACUUGUGGAAACGAGAGCCAAAGCCGACCGGUUAAAGCGAGCUGAACAGCGGGAUGCAAGGAAAGCAAAACUGAAGGAGAAGGAGGAACAGUCUCAGAAGGAAGUCUUACUCACUGCUAUAAAGGAAAGGAAUAUCAAGCUGUUUCUGGAGGCCUCUAAGGAAGAAGAAGAAAUAUCAGAUGGUCUGGCUGAGAUGUCCUUAGAUGGACUGAGUUCUGACAGUACCACGGGCACAAAGGUCUACUUAGAUGAUAAUGGCAAUCUGAACUGGCCUGUGCUCUUCCUGUAUCCUGAAUAUGGGCAAACAGAUUUCAUCUCAGCUUUUCACGAGGACUCCAGAUUUAUUGAUCAUAUACAGGUGAUGUUUGCUGAGUUACCUCCUUGGGAUUCGGAAAGAAAAUAUCAUCCCAGCAAUCUAGAGCUUUAUUUUGAAGAUGAAGCAAGAGAAGAAAUGUACCAGCUGAACCCAGAAAACACACUGCUGCAAGUGCUGCAGCACCAAAGGUACUUUGUAAAGGCUGGGACUCCUGCUUUUUUGGUUUUAGUAAAGCACUCCCCUUUCUCUAAGAAUUACUUUUUUGGCAAGAAGGUGCAUCAACUAAAAUGAACAAGUGCAAGCACAAAAAGGGACGAGAGAAACCCUUGCUGUGGGCUGGAUUGUUCAUAUCCACAGAUAGGAACAAUCAGUCUUCCACCUAUAGAGUUUAAUAAUUUUUUCUACUUCAAUCAAAUAAACGUAGCCUCUGUUGGA